GGGUCCUGUGGAUCGAACAUCUACAGGUGCACAGUAGAGAGCACGCUGACCGGUUGCAUCGUGGCUUGGUUCGGCAACUUGAGCGCCCUGGAGCGGAAGAGACUACAAAAAGUAGUAAACACUGCCCAGUCCGUCAUCGGCUCUGACCUCCCUCUCAUCGAGGGGAUCUAUCGCAGUCGCUGCCUCAAAUAGGCUGGCAGUAUCAUCAAAGACCCACACCAUCCUGGCCACACACUCAUCUCCCUGCUACGUUCAGGUAGAAGGUACAGGAGCCUGAAGACUGCAACGUCCAGGUUCAGGAAUAGCUGCUUCCCCACAUCCAUCAGGCUAUUAAACUCAACUCAAACAAAACUCUGAUCAUUAAUAGCCCAUUGCAAUUUAUAUGCUUAUUUAUGUGUGUAUAUAUAUAUAUUCAAUGGUAUAUGGACACACUGAUCUGUUCGGUAUUUAUUUAUGCCUACUAUGUUAUGUUGUGCUGAAGCAAAGCAAGAAUUUCAUUGUCCUAUCUGGGGCACAUGACAAUAAGCUCUCUUGAAUCUUGGAGUUCUGCGUCUUGCGUCUCGGUGACUUGGACUGUGGGGAACGCGUUUGAAGACAGACACAAAACUGCUGGAGAAACUCAGCGGGACAGGCAGCAUUUCUGGGGAGGAGGAAUGGGUGACGUUUCAGGGUGAGACCCUUUCACAGACAAUGUGUUUGAGUCGAGCAAAGAUCAAAGAGUUAAUAUCCUUGCCUGUGCAUUGCAGGUCCCAUUGAGUUCCCUGAAGCUGAUCUCAGCAGAAUGAAGAUCACCUUUAUCCUGAAGAUUCAGACGGGAUAAAAGGUUGUGCUGAUUUGAGCUUUGAGAGGAGAUUCCGGGAAGGUUGGACAAUAAUGCCGGCAGCAUGGAUGUGAAGGAACGAAGGCCCUACUGUUCGCUCACCAAGAACCGACGCGACAAGGAGAGGCGCUACACCAGCUCCUCGGUGGACAAAGACCACUGCCGAGUGCCCACCCAGAAGUCGUACAGUUCCAGCGAGACCCUCAAAGCUUACGACCACGACAACAGGCUCCUGUACGGGGGCAGGGUGAAGGAUCUGGUCCACAGGGAAGUGGAUGAGUUCACCAGACCAGGAGUGAACUUCUCACUGAGGGAGCUGGGGAUCUGCGAGCCGGCAGCUCGUCGCGGCCUGACCUUCUGCUCGGAGAUGGGCCUCCCCCACCGGGGGUACUCAGUCAACACGGGCUCCGACGCAGACACGGAGAACGAGGGGGUGAUGUCCCCCGAGCACGCCAUGAGGCUGUGGGGCCGAGGCGCCAAGUCCGGACGCAACUCCUGCCUGUCCAGCCGCUCCAACUCCGCACUCACCCUGACCGACACAGAGCACGAGAACAAGUCUGACAGCGAGAACGGUGAGUGGACUACACCCCUCAGCCGGGAUAUCACCACUCCCUCUCUCAGCUCCUCUCCCUCUCUCACUCCCUCUCUCUGCUCUUACAUAUUCAGAUAUUCUGUUGUGCUGCAGCAAAGGGCGGCUCCUCGGCAGGUGAGGUUCUCUCACCACACCGGGACUCCCGUGGCCGUUUCGGCGGGUGGAAUCUGCGCCCUGCAGCCACGCCUCUGGUACUCCGGCCCUUCCGGGGCCCGCAGAUCCGUUCCCAUAGCCAACGUUCUUACUGAUGUGUCUAUCAAACUCAUUGACUGCACACAGAUAUUAAUCGAGCGUGUGAAUUUCACUCAGACAUUGCCCCGCACCCGCUUGUAUUGUGAAGCCCCCGCCUGA